AUGGACGAGUCGCCCGAUUCUCGUAAGGGUUACGUUCGCAAGGCCGGCACAGAACUUGAGCCACUUCCUCGGGCUCUAACGAAAGAGGAAACAGAAAACCUUGUGGAAUAUGUGCGGAAGGCUUGGGGAUAUGUUUGGCGCAAUGACCAAUGGGAGCUGGAGGUUGCUUCACCAGAUAGUACGUGGUACAUCAGACUUCUCCAAUGGUAG